AUGGCCACUGAGAUACUCCUGCCCCGGCUUAUCUACGACAGGUGUCUUGUCUCCAAGAUGGUUUUUACACCCAACCCCACAACGAAUGACUUCUUGGCCGCUGUGAUAUGUGACAUCAAUGGGUUUGCCUGCAUCACCGCCGGGGCCAGGAGGUGGGACGUCCUUGACCCCAUCCGCCUCGACGAUGGGGACCAGAUCGCCGACCUCCUCUAUCACAGAAAUGAUCUUCCGCCGGAGCUUGUGUGCUGCAUCGCCGAUGGACUUGACGACCUCAAGUGCUACGCGAGUGCGCAUGGAACUUGCCCGAUAUGGCGUUCCACACUCACGCCGCCGUCACCGUCGCUGCUCCUGGACCACAACGACGAUCCAGCGAAGCGCUGCAUCACCACCGCCAUCAAGCAUCAUACCGAUGUAGCCUCGAUCCUCACGCUUAGCUCCUCUGAGCUCAACAACAUCCCUUCAGGCAAGACAUGUCUUGGCUGCUCCGGCGGAUGGCUGGCCCUCUCUGUCUGCAUCAACGGUGGUCAUAGUCUGCUUAGCCUCUUCCACCCCAUCAUGGCCGCUAAGAUCCUCCUAGCCUCGCUGAUCUACGACGGCCGCCUCGUCUCCAACAUGGUCUUUGAACCCAGCCCCACCAGUGACGACUUCCUGGCCGCCAUGAUAUGUGACGUCAAUAGGCUAGCCUACAUCACCACUAGGGCCAGGAUGCGGGUCAUCCUCGACCACAUCCGCCUUGCCGAAGGAGACCAGAUCGCCAACUUGCUUUACCAUAGAAAUUGUAUGGUUAAUUGCAUCACUCGGUUUGGAGAUGUCCACGUGCUCCGCCUGCCGCAGCACCACCGCCGGGAACCUAUCAUCCUCGAGGGCCACACAUUAGCACAUCUUGUAGUGCAUGGAUCGUCCAGAUGCACGGGACAUGACCAGAUCUAA